GAGGGGACCAACAUAUGGCGGUCAUAUUUUUUGAAGCUGAAAUAAUGUGCUAGACAUUUUAUUGUGUUGUUUACCUCGCAGAAGAUUCUCAUCCAAUAGAUGUCCACCCCCAACGAGCCACCAGUUGGUAUGUCCCAUGGUGGUCCCUCACCAGGUGCUGGCCUGUCUCCGGGGCCCAUCCUAGGGCCCAGCCCUGGACCAGGCCCCUCUCCUGGCUCUGUACACAAUCUGAUGGGCCCCAGCCCAGGGCCCCCAAGUGUCCCGCAUGCUAUGCAGGGCCAAGGGGCUGGAGACUAUUCACAGGACAUGCACCUAAUGCAUAAGCCUAUGGAGGGAAUGCAUGAGAAGGGGAUGGGAGACGAUAUGCACUUUGGCCAGAUGAAGGGGGUGGGAAUGAGAUCCCUGCACAGUGGCAUGGGUCCUCCACAGAGCCCCAUGGAUCAACACAGUCAAGGCUACAUGUCCCCUCAUCCCUCGCCAUUGGGCCAGGUGCCGGAACAUGUGCCCAGCCCUAUGUCAGGAGGAGGGCCAACCCCACCGCAAAUGUCUCAGGGUCAGUUACCCAUGAUGCCCAUGGAUCCACAGGGGAUGGGACAGCAGGCCAGGGGUCAGUCUGCCUUCAGCCCAGUCCAGCUACAGCAACUAAGGGCUCAGAUCCUGGCAUACAAGAUCCUGGGUCGUGGUCAGCCUCUGCCUGAGAAUCUACAGUUAGCUGUGUUGGGCAAGAGGAGCCUCCCCACCAUGCAACAGCAGCCCAUCAACACUGGCCCCUACAAUAGACCUCCAGGUAUGCCAGUGCCUCAUGGAGGGCCUGCAACGGGCCCAUGUCCCUCUCCAGCCAUGCAGACUCAUACUGCUUCUGGGCCAAAACCAUGGCCUGAAGGUCAAGGCUCAGAGACCCCAAGCGCUCCACAGAAGCUGUUGGUCCCAGCUCCCAGCGGCAGACCCUCUCCAGCUCCCUCGUUGGCCCUCACUGUUACACAACCUGUGCCCUGCACCUCCCUCACCUCCCAACCUCAGCCACCACCAGGACCAGGCCAGCCCUCCCUCAUUAUCCAGCUUCAGCAGAAACAGAAUCGCAUCACACCGAUUCAGAAGCCUCAGGGUCUGGACCCUGUUGAACUCUUGCAAGAGAGGGAAUACCGUCUUCAGGCCAGGAUUGCUCACAGAAUUCAGGAGCUGGAGAAUCUGCCAGGAUUGCUGCCACCUGAUCUGCGGACUAAAGCUACUGUGGAGCUGAAGGCCUUAAGACUGCUCACCUUCCAGCGGCAAUUGAGGCUCGAUGUUGUAGCCUGCAUGCGCCGAGACACAACUCUGGAGACGGCCCUGAACUCCAAAGCCUACAAGCGCAGCAAGAAACAGACACUUAGAGAAGCUCGCAUGACAGAGAAACUAGAGAAGCAGCAAAAGAUUGAGCAGGAGAGGAAGCGCCGCCAGAAACACCAGGAGUAUCUCAACAGCAUUCUGCAACAUGCAAAAGAUUUCAAAGAAUAUCACAGAUCCAUCUCUGGAAAAAUCCAAAAGCUGUCUAAAGCCAUCGCAACAUGGCACACCAACACAGAGAGAGAGCAGAAUAAGGAGAAGGAAAGAAUCGAGAAAGAGAGGAUGAGGAGACUGAUGGCUGAGGAUGAAGAAGGUUACAGGAAGCUAAUUGAUCAGAAGAAGGACAAGCGUCUGGCCUACCUUCUUCAACAGACCGAUGAAUACGUGGCCAACCUGACUGAGCUUGUCUAUGAACACAAGGCUGCUCAAGCUGCCAAGGAGAAGAAGAGGAAGAGAAAGAAGAAAAAGAAGGAAGCUGGCGAUGCUGAAGGAAUGGGAGCCAUCGGGCCUGAUGGAGAGCUCAUAGAUGAGAACAGCCAGAUGAGUGAGCUGCCAGUCAAAGUAAUUCAGACUGAGACUGGCAAAGUGCUGCAGGGGACAGAUGCCCCCAAGUCCAGUCAGUUAGAGGCCUGGCUCGAGAUGAAUCCUGGCUAUGAAGUUGCUCCACGGUCAGACAGUGAAGAGAGUGGCUCGGAAUUUGAAGAGGAGGAUGAUGAAGAGAUGGUCUCCAGAGCUGAAUCGGAAGAAAAGAGAGUCAUCGAUCCCAACAGUGAUGAAGUAUCUGAAACGGCAGCCAAGCACAUCAUAGAGUCUGCUAAGCAGGAUGUGGAUGACGAGUAUAGUGUUCAGGCAGGACAGACCAGCUCCCAGUCUUACUAUGGAGUGGCCCACGCGGUCAUAGAGAGGGUGGAUAAACAGUCCACCCUACUGAUCAAUGGGACCCUCAAACACUACCAGAUCCAGGGUCUGGAAUGGAUGGUGUCUCUGUACAACAACAACCUAAAUGGUAUUCUGGCUGAUGAGAUGGGACUGGGGAAGACCAUUCAGACUAUCGCACUUAUCACUUAUCUGAUGGAAAACAAGAGGCUCAACGGGCCGUACCUCAUCAUUGUACCGCUCUCGACUUUGUCCAACUGGGUUUAUGAGCUGGACAAGUGGGCACCAAGUAUUGUGAAAAUUGCCUACAAGGGCACACCAUCAAUGCGGAGGUCUUUGGUGCCGCAGCUCCGUAGUGGGAAGUUUAAUGUCCUUAUAACCACCUACGAGUACAUCAUCAAAGACAAGCAAAUUCUCGCCAAGAUUCGCUGGAAGUAUAUGAUAGUGGAUGAGGGCCACCGCAUGAAGAACCAUCACUGCAAGCUCACACAGGUGUUGAACACUCACUACGUUGCUCCCAGAAGGCUGUUACUUACUGGAACCCCUCUGCAGAACAAAUUACCUGAGCUCUGGGCCCUGCUCAACUUCCUGUUGCCCACCAUCUUCAAAAGCUGCAGCACCUUUGAGCAGUGGUUCAAUGCUCCUUUUGCAAUGACAGGAGAGAGGGUGGAUCUAAAUGAAGAGGAGACCAUCCUUAUCAUUCGUCGUUUGCACAAGGUGUUACGUCCCUUCCUUCUGCGCAGACUGAAGAAAGAGGUGGAGUCUCAGUUGCCUGAGAAGGUGGAGUAUGUCAUUAAAUGUGACAUGUCAGCCAUCCAGAAGGUUCUGUACAGGCACAUGCAGGGCAAAGGCAUCCUGCUCACUGAUGUUCACGUCAUUCUGGAAGAAGAUGAAGUUCCAGAUGAUGAAACUCUCAAUCAAAUGAUUGCUCGUAAUGAGGACGAAUUUGAGCUUUUCAUGCGCAUGGAUUUAGACCGCCGUCGAGAGGAUGCACGUAACCCUAAGCGUAAACCUCGGCUAAUGGAAGAAGAUGAGCUGCCAUCAUGGAUCCUGAAGGAUGAUGCUGAGGUGGAGCGGCUUACCUGCGAGGAGGAGGAGGAAAAGAUUUUCGGCCGUGGUUCCCGUCACCGCAGAGAUGUCGACUACAGCGACGCAUUGACGGAAAAGCAGUGGCUGAGGGCUAUAGAGGAUGGCAACCUGGAGGAAAUCGAGGAGGAAAUACGGCUGAAGAGGCGCAAGCGUAGGAGACACGUGGACAAAGACAUGAGGCGUGAGGACGCAGACAAAGCCAAGAAGAGAAGAGGACGUCCUCCAGCAGAGAAGCUCUCCCCAAAUCCACCCAAACUCACAAAACAGAUGAAUGCCAUCAUUGAUACAGUCAUCAAUUACAGAGAUGCAUUAGGCCGUCAGCUCAGCGAGGUCUUUGUGCAGCUGCCCUCCAGGAAAGAGCUUCCUGAAUACUAUGAACUGAUAAGGAAGCCAGUGGACUUCAAGAAGAUCAAGGAGCGUGUGCGUAACCACAAGCACAGGAAUGUGAGUGAUCUGGAGAAAGACGUCAUGCUUCUUUGUCACAACGCUCAGACUUAUAAUCUAGAGGGCUCUCAGAUCUAUGAGGACUCCAUUGUUCUCCAGUCAGUAUUCAAAAGUGCAAGGCAAAAGAUUGCUAGGGAGGAGAGCGACGAUGACAGCAAUGAUGAUGACGAUGAUGAGGAGGAGGAAUCAGAGGAAGAGUGUAAGUCAGUGAAGGUGAAAAUUAAGCUUAAUAAACGGGACGAGAGAUGUCAGGACAAAGGCAAGAAGAGACCAAGUCGUGGAAAGGCCAAGCCUGUGGUCAGUGACGAUGACAGCGAGGAAGAACAGGAGGAGAACUUCAAGAGGAAAAUGAGCUGUCAGAGGGGAGCCACAGCGAUGAUGAGUGAGGAGGAGAUGAGCUGAUCAUAAGCAUUCCCUUCACACGUUUAUUUGCUUCUUUUAUCGUCUUUCGUCACCCAGCUCAAUUAUUCUGUGCUUGAGAAAAGAUUGAUUAUUUGUUUUGUUUUAUUGUACGUUUAAACACUUUCAUUCUGUUUUGGAUGCAGCUGACUAAGGAGUAAUCUACAGUGAGGAAGCAUCUUUUUUGCACCUUUAAUAGCUUACAGUUAUUCUGAAAUUUCCCUACAUGUAGUGAGGUAUUUUAGAGAUGAUUUCUAUAUGCUUGAACAUAAUCUACAUUUAUGCAAUGUUUAAAAAACAAUCAAAAUAUGUUUGAUUUGCAUCAAAGAACGUCAUUUAUAAGCUAUUCAGACCUUUUUUAAAAGCUAACCUAACCCUUGGUUAAACCAUUUGUUUCAAAUUUACAAAGCAUAUCAUAAAGUAUUCAAGUGUUACUUCAAGUGAGGUCCUCAUUACAUGACUAUUUUCAUAUAUUACAGUAAUGUCUAUAUUGUAUUGCAUGCAGCACAAAAGCCAGCAGAGAUUAUAAAUGUGAGAGCGCUGAUCAGCCCUGUACCGAUUUAGUGGUAUGUGAAAUAUGAAUUUGACGUGCUUUGUAUCAUAUCCAUAGAUGUCUUUCUUUCAUUGGUUUUUAUACUUCAUAGUCUGACUUGCCUGCUUGUUCCAAGGACAAAUGCAGAUUUGUUGGUUGCAGUGUCAUUUGCUUCACUUUCUUCUUCUUUUUAGUUUUUUUUAGUUUUUUAUUUACAGUGGAGAAGAGCAUCUCACAGUAUUUCAAUAUUUCAACCGAGUAUUGUAUGUCAGACUAUAAACCAGCUCAGAUUGGCUACCUUUUUCAUCUAUGGAUAUUUUUCUAUUUUCAUUGAAAGAAAAUAAAACAGUGUUAUUAAGGAAUGGGGUGUUUUUAAAAUGACUCUUUGCUCUUAUACCGUAUUGGUAGAAAUAUGUAUUACAUUUAAAAAAAAAUGUAUGUUAUUGCUUUUAUAUGUACUCAUCAACAAACUUGCAUUAUUGUCAAUGAGAAAUCUUUUUGAUAUGUUCUCCUAUGUGCCAUCAGUCAUUUCUGACAUCUCUUUUAUACGUGCUUGUGCUUGGUAACGCCUCUAAAGUGUCAUAAUCUUUAUUCUCCUUGCACACUCUCUUCGUGGUUGUAGCUCAUAGCCCCGAGUAAACAUUGCCAAUGAUGAA